AAUACAUUGUAAACAUUCUAUCAAAUAUAAAUUGCUAUUCAAAGUGUCAAUUUCCCCACAGUCAUCAGCCACAGGAGAGAAGUCAAAGCCAUACAGAAUUACAGCCAAAGAGCCGUACCUAUUCUAGGCAUCAUGAAGCUGCUAUUUAUUGCUGCGCUGAUGAUUGUGUGGGUCUCUCCACUGAGAAGCACGCCUUGCAAAACGGUCCUACGUGUAAAACAAGAAGCUAUGGAGUAUGCUUGCCAGACCCAAAAAAGACCUCUCCAAAAGGCAUUUGGAAUCAUUCCCAUUCCAUCCGUUAUUAACGGAGGAAACAGAGGUAUCCUUGGUCUAGGAUUGGGACUUGUGGACAAUGUUGUCAAGCUUGCUGGGGUCGAAAUCCUGGAGGUCAAACUGCCUGAGAUCAAUGUGAAAAUGAUGCCCAAUGUGGGUGUUCAAGAUCAGUGGGAGAGUACUCCUUGUUGGAAAAAUUGAUAUCAAAGCAGACGCCGGUGUUCUUGCAGAUCUGAGAGUUACCAGGACAGAAAGAGGUAUCCCUAUACUCAGUGUUUCAGCUUGCAAGACUGUGAUGGGAGGAGUAAGAAUCACAGGACCCCUUGGUAUGCUUUCUGCGUUAACAAAUAUAAUAAAAGGUCAUAUUGAAGCCGUCCUUAGUGAGAUGGUUUGUGUAUCGGUAUCAAACGUUUUCCUGGGAUUUAAUGCAAAUCUGGGCAUGUUGGUUGGUGGGUCCAUUAUUGGUGGGAGCCGUGGCUUACAAUACACAAUGCCCAGUACUCCAGUGGUGACAGGAGACUACAUGGAUGUGAUUAUGGAUGUGGAAUACGAAGUGGAUAGGCAGGUUGUUGAAAUACCAAAUGGUGCCAAAGACUUCACUCUUCCUCCUAAUGCUGGUAAUAAAGACGCAAUGGUCAACCUCGGCCUCUCACAGGAUUUUUUCAUCUCGAUGUUUACAGCUUUUCAGAGUUCUGGGGGCUUUAACAUGGAAAUUCCUUCAACUUCUGCUUCUUUUAGGAACUAUCUGUCAACAUCUGCACUGGGUUCCCAUAUUCCUGAGAUCAGCUGGAAAUACAAGCAUUCUCUUUCUGUGAACAUAAAGAUAAUCCUCACUCAAACACCACUUGUUACUCUCGACUCCAACUUCGUGUCAGUUCAGAUUUCUCCAGUUGUGGAGAUGUUUGUUAUGAUGGAUAGCAUGCGUAAUCAGCACCUAAUGACUCUCAAUGUGGGCGCUAACUUGAUGGCCAAGUUGGAUGUGUCUAGGGGAAAGAUCGCGACAUCAGUAGGACUGCAAGGAGAUCUCAAAAUCACAAUGUCUGCAAGCUCUUUUGGAAAGUGCAAGACAAAUCCAUCAGUGCUGAUGGGGUACAUGCGUGACCUCUUCAACAUGGCUUACCUGGUUCAGCUUAAUGCUGACCUGAGUGUUGGAGUAUCUUUACCAUCAUUGCCUGGUGUUGAGCUUAUUCAUGAAGUCAUAGAAGUGAAAAAGGGAUAUGCAGUUGUGUCAUCUGAUCUCCAGUAUGUCAAGUAAAAUCAAGCUGUAAAGAGUUGUCACUGUAUAUCCUAUAUGAAUCAGGGAUGAAGAGCCUUACAUCCAGGAAAAGGACACUCAUAAACCACAAAUUCAAAUAAACAAUAUAUAAAGUCUUUAA